UUUGCUCGCCUCUCUGGUCCUUUUGUCGGUGCACCGCUACUGUAACUGGACGCAAAGAAGUCGGGGGGAAAUGAGCGGCGGGUCGGGUAUCGACUACAGCGCCUGGGACCACAUCUAUGUGUCGGACGAUGAAGAUGUCACCUGCCCGUUCGUGGACACUCCGAGCUUGUUCAGAAUGAGACACCGGAGCCGGCUGGAGAGAAUGGCUGAGUUUCAGCAGAGAGGGGAGGACCUGGCAAACAACUUUGCAGAAUGCAAGAGUCUAUUACAGGAAGCCCGUGAGCAACUUGCAUACCUAGAAGAAAGAAUGAAGGAAGGAGAUGAGGAUGAGGAAAGGGAGGUCGAGCUGAAAAAAGUCCAGGCCAAAAUAAAAAAACUGGAGGAGGAUGAGAAGUCUUUUGAAAAAUUGCUCGAAGAACACAGAAAAGAAGAGAAGAAACUGCCCUGGAAUGUAGACACUAUCAGCAAGGAUGGUUUCAGCAAGAGUGUGCUUAACAUCAAGCCUUUAUCAAAGGAGGAAACUGGGGAGGAAGAGGUGGAGAACCACAAGACCUUUGUGGAGAAAUAUGUAAAAAAAAUUAAACACUUUGGUAUGCUGCGGCGCUGGGAUGACAGUCAGCAGUAUCUGUCAGACCACCCGCAUCUGGUGUGCGAAGAGACUGCUAAUCACCUUGUUGUCAUCUGUAUCGACUAUGAGAUAGAUGAGAAACAUGCCCUCAUGGAGCAGGUGGCUCACCAAGCCAUUGUCAUGCAGUUCAUCUUGGAUUUGGCUCGGACGCUGAAUGUUGACCCAAGAAGCUGCUUCAGACAGUUCUUCUCAAAGAUCAAGACUGUAGAUAAGCCAUACCAAGAUGCAUUUGAUCAUGAGCUGGAGAUGCUGAAGGAGCGGGUCCGCAGCUGUGCGCAGACUCGCAUGGAGACUGCUAUGAAAGAGCUGGAGGAGGAGGAGAGACAGAAGAGACUGGGCCCAGGUGGUUUAGACCCAGUAGAGGUCUAUGAAUCGCUGCCAGAGGAACUACAGAGGAGCUUUGAUGAGAAGAACAUUGAGAUGCUGCAGAGAGCUAUGAAUAAGCUGGACCCUGAGGAGGGAAAAUACCACCUGAAGAGGUGUAUUGACUCUGGAUUGUGGGUCCCUGAUUCCGGAGGGGGUGACGAUGAAGACGAGGCUGAGGAUGAGGACGAGGAUGAGGAUGAGGAUGGGGAAGAAGAUUAAAAAUAGUCCAUUAUAUAUCUAACCAUUAAUUGAACUACCCACUGUACAUUACUAUAUAAGUGUUUUGUAAUGGUAUAUUGAAAAAAAAAAUGUGUGUGUGUGUGUGUGUGUGUGUGUGUGUUGUAUUUUCCUUAGAAAUAAAUAUUUGAAGAUAAAGCAAGUACAGAGUAUUUGUAUGAAACAGUUUUUAUUUAUAUUACUGACAGUGAUGGCAGAUGUAUCCCUUUAAAAAGCCGUCUCUCGUCAUGGGUUUGCUUAAUUUUCCCAAAUUGUUUUUGAAUCUUUAUACAAUUGUGAAUACGCUGUUAGCCCUCACAAUGUCCUUGGGUCUUUUUUGACCCCAGUUGAAAUCUAUUGCUGUCAAAAUAUGUCUUGCAUUCCUCAAAUGAUCUGAAAACAAGAGGGGUUGUUCAAUACUAUCUGCUUUAUGAUUAGAAUCAUUUUGAAGCAAUUUGAUUGAAUUUUGCAUUUUUAUUGAAUUUAGUAACAUCGGUUGUAAUAUAGGGUCAAAAAAAGAGUCAAACCAAGUGGGGUCUUUUUUGACCCCAGAGGACAAUAGGUGUUAGGAUAUUGGGAGGACAUUACGAGUUUGAAAUCCUAUAGUUACUCAGGAUGUCCUUUUAGUUUUAAAACUGUGGGUGGGUCAUGUUUCUCUGCACGCUGCAGUGACUGCAACUCAACCAGCUGAGAAAACACGUUUCUC